UUGUUCACACUGCGCAGGCAGCGGCUUGCUUGCUCGCACAUGAGCGCAAAGUAGCAGUGAAAGUCAAGUCAAGUGAAAAAACAUGAUAUGAUCUGAAAUCGCAUUCUCAAUAAGGUUACUACAUUUCGAGGAUGAAGGCGUUUAUCCCGUUAGAAUAUGUGAUCUUUCUGCUGUUGGCGUACUCGUACAGAGUGUGCGGAGACGUGGAGGCCCCUGUGUGUGUGAGGGUGGAGGCGCUGAACACACACUACGUGCUGCUGUGGGACUGGACUGGAGCACCUGCAGGAAACCAUGUGACCUUUACAACACAGUGGCUGGCUAAGUACAAGCUGAGGCGAUCGCGUCAGGAUUGGGAGGAGGUGUGUGUGAACGUGUCGGAGCCGCGCUGUGACUUCAGCAGCGCAGAGCUCAACUACCUGGGCAUGUUCGUGCUGCGCGUACGAGCCAACCUUCACACACACACACACACACUCCACUCCUCCUGGAGCAACCAGACCUUCUGCCCCGACAGGGAUGCUGCUCUAGGUCCACCAUCUCUAGUUGAAGUCUCUGUUCAGGGGCGGGGCUUACUUGAGGUCAAGCUAUCUGACCCCGUAACCCAUGACAACCAGUCCAUGAAGGUCCUUGUCCCUCAACUGUAUUACCACAUCCAGUACUGGAAACUAGACACACCCUCUCAGGUGGAGGUGCUGGACAGCGUGGCGUCGCUGGUGACUCUGUCUGAUCUGGACGAGUGGACUCGUUUCUGCGUCCGCGCUCAGAUACGCUGCGAUUUCUACAACAAGACCUCCGCCUUCACCUCUCCCCAGUGCAUACGCACACAAGGUCAUACUCCCUACUGGCAGGUGGCGCUGCUGUUCCUGCUGUCUGGUGCUCUGGUGUUUGCUGCCGUCAUGUCGUUUGCAGGCGGCUUCCGCUGCUUCUUUGGGAAAUUGAUGUCAACCUGUUUCCCCAGCAACCAGCUGCCCAUCCACAUACAGGAGUAUCUAAGGGACACAUCUUCUGACAAGCCCCGCCUCCUCACCCCAGAGUCUGAGUCUGAGCUUGUGAUUGGCCGACUGGACCUGUGCCCUGAGGUGGUGUUGGUCGUCCCGGCAACAGAGGAGACAGAGGCGUGGCCAGAGCCCGAGGACGUGCAUCAUGAUCGCCAUGGCAGCGGAGACUCGGGAGUGUACUCCACUGAGGAGGCCUCUGGAGGGGGUGUGGCCUCUUUAGGGGAGGAGAAGAAGAGAGGAAAGAGGGAGUGGGAGAAGAGAGGAGAGAGGGAGGAGAAGAAGAGAGGAGAGAGGGAGUGGGAGAAGGAGAAGUUGAACAGGGAGACAGAGGAAGAUGAAGGAGUCAGGGAUGUCUGUGUCUGAGAAACCGAAGGAUGAACUGGGAAACAGAUGAAGGAGUGAGAAACCAAAGGAUGAACUGGAGAACAGAUGAAGGAGUGAGAAAGAGGAUGAUGAACUGGAAAACAGAUGAAGGAGUGAGAAACAGAAGGAUGAACUGGAAAACAGAUGAAGGAGUGAGAAACAGCAGGAUGAACUGGAAAACAGAUGAAGGAGUGAGAAACAGCAGGAUGAACUGGGAAAAGUGGCCUUACUUUUUACUUUUCCUUUGUUAACUUUGUGCCUGACACUUUCGCCCUUCCCCUCUCCACACACACACACACACACACACACACACACACCUGGUCCGUCCUCAGAAAAAUUAUGCAGACACACACACACACACACACACUCACACACCCAUACACAUACACUGUGACACACACAUACCCAAACACACCUCCCCUGGUCCAUGCUCUCUGUUAGAAAAAGGACACACAAGUGAGUGUGUGUGAGAGAGAGCGACUUCUCAGUUCGGACAUGGGUACUUGAGCCUGUCCAAUCAUAUUGCUGCUUGUGUAGUGACCCCCUGUCUCUGUCCAAUCAUAUUGCUUGCUUGAGUAUUGAGCCUCUGUCUCUGUCCAAUCAUAUUGCUGCUUGUGUAGUGACCUCCUGUCUCUGUCCAAUCAUGUUGCUUGGUUGUGAAGUGACCCUAGUCUGUCUCUGUCCAAUCAUAUUGCUUGGUGUGUAGUGACCCUCUGUCUUUGUCCAAUCAUGUUGCUUGGUUGUGUGCUGACCCUUGCUUCCACUCAUGGGUGUGUGUGAAAACUGUGUGUGUGUGUGUGUGUGUGUGUGUGUGUGUGUGUGUGAGAGAGAGAACUGUUGUGUGUGUUAUUUCUGCAGAGCUCCUGGAUGCCAGUACUAAUGGCCAGUAUAGGGGGAGACCUUCCUUACCUGAGACUGAACUGAACUGCUAAACUAUCGCUAUAGGUCCCCUCACAACUCUUUAGCCAUACACCCUCUGUGUGUGUGUGUGUGUGUGUGUGAGUGAUUCAGCAGGCCUCAUAUUGAGGCUACAAUUGUCUUUUUAUGAUUCUUAUAGAAUCUCUCUUUCUCUCUCUCUCUCUCUCUCUCUCUCUCCAUCUUCAUCUCUCUUUUUCUCCGUCCUCUUUUUAUCGUCUCUGCUCUAUUGUCUGAGGUGCCACUCACACCUGUCAUGCCAUUCAGUGUGUGCGUGCUUCAAAGAGAGCCUAACUGUAUUGUAAUGCAGACGUGUGUGUGUGUGUGUGUGUGCGUGUGCGUGUGUGUGUGUGUGUGUGUGUGUGCGUGUGCUUCAAAGAGAGCCUAACUGUACUGUAGUGCAACAUCUGUUCCUCUGUGUGUGUGUGUGUGUGUGUGUGUGUGUGUGUGUGUGUGUGUGUAAGUGCACUGUAAUGCAGACAUGUUCCUCUGUGUCUGUGUGUGUGUGUGUGUGUGUGUGUGUGUGUGUGUAAGUGCACUGUAAUGCAGACGUGUGUGUGUGUGUGUGUGUGUGUGUGUGUGUGUGUGUGUGUAAGUGUACUGUAAUGCAGACGUGUUCCUCCAUGCCCCCAUGUACUCACACAUGCCACCACACGCCUCUGAUAACCGCACCUACAGUACCCUGCUUACGGAGACAUUCAAAUAAAGACUUUUAUA